AAUGAUUUAUUGGUUAUCAUUUGUUGCUUACUAUUAAGAUUUCUUGUUUGUAUAUUUACUUUACUAGGUAUGGAUUUGGUUCCUGAACCCAAAAUUAUCUGUGCAGCAUUAAGAGCUUGUAGACGAGUAAAUGAUUAUGCACUGGCUAUUAGAUUCUUGGAAUCUAUUAAAGACAAAUGCGGUCCGUAUGUCAACACUAUUUAUCCAUAUAUUCUUCAAGAGAUAAGGCCUACCUUAGAUGAAUUGGGUAUCAAUACUCCAGAAGAAUUAGGAUAUGACAAACCAGAAUUAGCCCUUGUAGCCCCAUAUGAAAUGUAAAUAAAAAUGUUUUAAUUUUCAUUUUAGUAUUUAUACAUGAAAGUGCAUCUUUAUCAAGCUUGUUGUUCACAAAAAGUUGAACUGUAUUGAAUAAAAUGUACUUCCAAUAGAUCUAUUUAUAAAAGUGUUUCUUAAUUCAAUAAAAAAUUUUUGAUCAUUA